CUCACUCUCAGCCCUCGGGAAGCUCCUUGCUUACCAGGUAUCGGCAAACGGUCCAUUUGAGAUAUCCAGCGACAGAGUGGCGAAUUCUUUCCUCUAUUUUCAUUGAAGUCGCCUCAAAGCGAAGCAAGCACCGUCGUUGCCGCUGCCGCUCUCAUUCGCCACCUACCCUGUGCGCCGUGGCUCAACACACCAGUUUGACUUCCAUACGCUAUUUCAAGAGCUCGCGACGGUGACCGACCCAGCGGAGAUGCUGUCAAUACCACAGCCCGCCAAGCACCUCGAGAACAUCGGCUCCGUGGCUAGAGAUCACCUGGCGCUCGAGCGGACAUUCCUCGCGUGGCUCCGAACAAGUCUAGGGCUCGUGUCGCUCGGGAUAGCGAUUACACAGCUCUUCAAGAUUCCAGAACUGGUCAUGAACCCGGAUGACGACCCAUCAUAUCUUCACGUCGAAGCAGACCAAGACCAAGUAGCGGAUUCGUUCCUUCUGCCGGGUCCAGGAAUGCAACUGCAAGACUUACAAAAGCUUGGAAAGCCGAUCGGCGCAUCCUUUGUCGCACUCGGCAUCGUCGUCCUCCUGCUCGGAUGCUUCCGUUUCUUCCGUGUCCAAACGCUCCUGAUUGGCGGCAAGUUCCAACCGAGUCGGGUAGAAGUGUCAGUGACGGCCCUCCUCGCCGGAACACUCAUAAUUGCCGCACUAGGCGUCAUACUCGGCAUGCGUCUCGGUUCCUCGCCAUCGUAGGCCAUAUAUAUUAGCGCGGCCUCAUUUCUCUUACUUUUCUCUCCUGAGUCCUGCGCAUCCAAUUUCACCUCCCACUCCGCCGUCUGCGACUGGAUACACUGCGCAUAUAGGCACGCGUCACGUGUUAUAUUUGUACCUGUCUUCACUGAAAC